AUGCCGACCGACGCAAGCUAUCCCGCAUUCCCAAUCUUUGCUUUCAUCGCAUUCGUUCUCGUCUUGAUCCCUCUCCCCUGGCAUUUCCAAGCCUGGAACUCAGGCACUUGCCUCUUUAUGAUAUGGACUGCCGUUGGGUGCUUGAACCUCUUCAUCAACUCCAUCGUCUGGCGCAACAAUGCCAUUGACUGGGCACCUAUCUGGUGUGAUAUCUCUUCGAGAAUUAUUGUCGGAUUGGCUGUCGCUAUCCCCGCUGCCUCUCUUUGCAUCAAUCGCCGACUCUACAAGAUCGCGUCAUGUCGGACCGUGACGAUAACACGCGCUCAUAAACGACGCGCUGUCAUGGUCGACCUUGCAAUAGGUCUGGGUUUGCCUGCUCUUCAGAUGGCUUUGCAAUUCAUCGUACAAGGCCAUCGUUAUGAUAUAUGGGAAGGGGUUGGCUGUUACCCCACAACCGUGAACACGCCCGCCGCCUAUCCUUUGAGCUUCCUAUGGCCCAUCGUCAUCGGACUCAUUUCCGCCUUUUACUGCAUUCUCACACUACGAGCUUUCAUGCUCCGCCGUGCCCAAUUCGCGCAAUUCGUUUCUUCCACGACAUCUCUGACCAUGAACCGUUAUUUCCGACUAAUGUCCCUUGCGACGCUCGAACUCAUCUUUAAUCUCCCCAUCAAUACCUAUGGUCUCUAUCUCAACAUCACCAGCCGACCAAUCUACCCAUGGAAAAGUUGGUCCGAUAUCCAUUAUGACUGGUUCACCAUCGACACAUUCCCAUCUAUCCUCUGGAGGUCGAAUUCAACGCUUUCUGUCACCUUGGAGUUCAGCAGAUGGUCUGUGGUCUUCUGCGCACUUCUCUUCUUUGGCUUCUUUGGCUUUGCGGAUGAAGCCCGCAAGCAUUACCGUUUGGCGUACUGGGCUAUUGCUAAACGAUUUGGUGUUACCCCACCUCCAUCUUCAUUAGGGGGCAAAGUUAAUCCUGGUUCUGCCAAACCAUCUUUACCAGGCUUCGUCCCCCGCCCCUUGGAGCUGAAGUCCUCCAAGAGCGACUCUUUCAGCUCCUCCGCCUCCACCUUCCGCACAAGUUUCAAUAAAAGCGAUUAUACAACCCCAUCCGACGCGACUCCCAUACAUACGACGUACAAGUCUGCUGAGCUCUCAUUUCCCACUACUCCUACGACUCCUUCGACGAUUUCCGGCAUGGACGCUGUAGAACUUACCACAACCGAAGUCUGAUUCGGUGAUCUGAUCCAUUAUUCACUUUCGUUACGUAAUUAUCUCACUUUGUACUACCCGCUUAAACAAUGGCAUUGUAACAUAAACAAACCGGGAACAAACAAUAGAACUUCGUUUAUUUUU